UGUGAUAUAUAUAGACCAAUGAAGAUCCAUUUCCGGUUGAAAAAGGCAGAAAAAGCUGCUUGUCGUAACCUUGAUGCUUAGUCGUGAAAUUACCGUUCGUGAAUACCAAUGAUCAUUGGUUGAUGAUUUAUCGUUGAUCAUGGGUUGAACGAUCCGAUGUUUAGCAACCGGUUUGGUGAAUACGGCCGCAAGAGACGCUGAUAGGCAUAUUUAACAAGUCUCUGGAUUACCCCUUGCAUGCUCUAGUGAUCAAUAACUCAACUCUUCUCUACCUCCCCACUGCUUUGAUGAGAGCCAAGAAUGUGACCAUCUUGUUGAUAAGUCAUUCUACAAUGUAUGCUAUCUUUGAUGAGCCAGUUGGGGCAUCGUAUGAGAUGCAGAUGUUUCAAGUUAUCGAGAGUUUAUUUCAAAGAGGGUUCGACUGGGAUAUGUUUAAAGGUCUGAAAAUUGGUCAGAUUCAAAUAGAAAGGACAGAUGUCAAAAGAAUUGGAUCGUCUUUUGUACACAACAUGGAACCUACAAUAUCUGAAAUCACAUUUGACACGGCGAAAAUAGUUACCAUUCAUGCAUAUGCAUUUGCAAAAUUGACUCAUUUGAAAAAUCUCGUAAUGCCACACAAUUUUAUUAAAAAAAAUUCAAAGAUCCAUGUUUCCAACUCCAGCAAACAUUCAAAUUCUAGAUUUCUCGUGGAAUAAAAUUUCAGUGCUGCCAGAUGAUAUCUUUAACAAUAUGCCCACCCUGACAGAUGUAUUUUUAGAGGGUAAUCGUCUCAAAACCUUUCCUGCACGCACCUGGGAAAAAUUGAUUGAUAAUAAUCUCUCUCAAGUAACUUUAGCAGAUAACCCAAUCGUGUGCGAUUGCGGUAUCAAGUGGUACACCAAAAAGCGAAGAUCUGUUCGAGUCACAGGUAAAUGUGCCGAACCACAAAACUUGAGAAACUACAAUUUAAUACAGCUCACUCCAGGAGAUUUCAACUACUGUCCGAAGUAAACAAAAGAUGUUUAAUUUAUAAAAGAAACCAAACUAUGAGCAUGUAUUAAAAAGUCAUUUUAUAUCGAUAUUAUUCCUGCAACAACAA